UUGAAUAAUGAUGAAAUUAAAUAAAUAUUUUAUGCUGAAAUCGCGUUUAUAAUGCAAUUAGUUUACUUUACGUACUAUUAUUGUUAUUAUUAACGUUAGACUUAGUGUGCACUUGGUCGUGUAGAGGGUGUUUCCGUCUCCUCGCCUGAAGUUUAUUCGCACUUCGGGAGGAACCAUUCCCUGGGUCCCCCUCCGUCUCCACGUCUCAGCCUCUGUCUACAGACCCUGAGAUCCACUGAGCAUUAGGAAUUAACCCCGGGCCACUGCAGGACCUCAGCAAAAAGCACAUCUCAGGAGGCUAGCUAACGCUGUCUGGGUGCUUCGGGGCUAAUGCGGGACCUCCAGCACUGCACCGGACAGGUCAGCCUGGCUAGAAGAGAAAGUCAUGGCCUCGUCUGUACAGCUGUUCCUAGGCUUGCCUCGUCUGGGCUACAUGUAGAAGUGUAACAAUAUCCUCGCACACACCUCGGGCACCUCGGCACCUCGGCACAGCCAUGUACAGCGUGGAGGACCUUCUCAUCUCUCAUGGAUACAAAGUCAGCAGCAAAACCAGCGUCCCACCUUCACACUCGUCCACAUCCCACGGCGUGACCACGGAUGAACAGGCAGCGGGGCGGAGCAGCAGCCGGUGUGAAAUGGGUGAGAAGCGGAUGGGACACGGCAUUGUGAAUGGCUUCAAGGCUGACUGUGUUUAUGGCAGCAGCGGUGCUGGGCAGACUCCGUCUAGGGGCGGCCCCUGUGACAUAGAGAGCAGGGACAGGAAGCAGAGGACAGAGGAAGAUGACAAUGGUAACCUAGGAGAUGGACAUUCAGCCAGAGACAGCCUGACCACAGACAGUGGAUUCCCUGAGAGCCACAGAGGACUGCACCCUCAGGCCAGACUAGACCGGGAGGUAUCCUGUUCGCGGAGGCGGGGCCAAGACUUUAAUGCAAUCCUGGACUACGCUGACUUUAGGGAUCCCCAUGGAAAACGAUCAGACAUUCCGUCUAAGGCAGAGGGCAUGCGGCGAAGGCCAGAGUCAGCUUUGAGCUCCGAGGAACACUGUCGUGAGAGGCAGCGUAGAGCAGAUAGUGCACGCGCCAGAGAACGUGAACUAGCCCUGUACCAGUGGAGGAUGGCAGCAGAGAGGAAGUACCAAAGCCUGGGAACUGAAGAGUGGCGUCCAGCUGUGGGAAUAGGCAGACAAAUGUCUGAAAGUGAAGGUGACAGAUGGGCACAAGAGCAGCGGCGGCCCCGAACAGCAGAGGGCGCUGUUCCAUCCAGAACCAAAGCCAAAUCCCAGUCACUGCCCAGAAUGGCCAUUCCCUCGGACAGUGUACAGUACUUAAGCACGUCACUUCCUGGUCAGGAUCCAUAUGGAAGCUACCGGAUAAAUGGGCACCAACCACGGGAACCUCACAAACGUAAUCUCAGUGAGAGCGGGAGUAGGGAGCGGUGGAAUGACAACGGAAGAUCGGGAACGCAGUCCGCACCGCCAUCAAAGCCCCGCUUCAGCCGACCUCUCAGACCUCCAUCAUAUGAGGUUCAUCAACAGAUGCGGGGAAGUUCAGAGAUGCUCUCGGGAGAAUUUAUGCCCCAUUCCAGAGACAGGACUCCACUGCCCUACACCAGACAAGAGUACUUUGCACAGGUAGCUGGAGGGUCUGGCAUGGAGCCUCCGGGUUAUAUCCCUCCACCGUCCUACAGGAGGCAGCCUGCAGUUAGAGGAGGGCACAGGACUUAUGCAGGUUCCAUAGGAAACUACCAGUACAGGGGGGACCCAUACAUGCAGGGACCAGCCAUGACAGAAGUCCAGGAGUGGUUCAUGAGACAGACUGGGAUGUCCUGGCCAGAUCAUCACAGGGAUGGGAGAAGGACUAUGCCCUGCAGGCAACAUGCCUACCCAGGUUACAAUGAGGAGCGAACAGGGAAUGUUCAGUAUAUACCCUUCGAUGACCCACGUGUCAGACAUAUCUCAGGAGUGGGGAUUGAUGGGAACUCAUUAACGGAUGCUGACAAAAUCAGAAAUAUCAGAAAAGAGAUUCCUAUUGCUUCCCUAUCUGAGAAAUCUUCUGAUGACAGUGCCUUUAUGAUUCCAGAGAAGACAUUCAGCAGCACACAAGCAAGUAAAAGCAAUAUCAGUGAUUGUGUUAAUGAUGUAGUCAUGCAUAAGGAGGCUUCAGGGCAAGUGAGCAAUUCAAAAUCAGUAUCUGAUGAAAAUUCCAACAGGUUUACAGCUAGCCAUGACUAUUCAAAUACCUUCCAAAUAACAUCACCAGAGCAGAGCUCCAGCUCAAACCAGGUUUUCUGUGAUACAGUAACACAGGUAAAAAAAUUUGAGGCACAAACUGCAGCUGAGAAUAAGAAAAACAAGAAGAAACUUAAAGAGACCAUGUUCUGUCUAGUGUCAGUUCCAAUAAGUGUUAUAGCAAGCAAGGAAGCUGCAGAUCCAAACAACAAUGAAAAAAUGCCCAGCUCAGUGGUGGCAGCCCCAGAAAGUUCAGCAACCCAACCUUACGACCAAACCCUCUCAAAUAUCUCCAUCAGCAAUGAUCUACAGCCAAAGCCCAGCAGCUCCUCAGCCACCAAGAGUUCUGUUGAAGCUCCAGUUAGGAAAGAGACUGUAGAUGUUUGGUCUCGUCAAGCAAGUACUGAAAAAGACUUGUGCUAUGCAGGAUCCUGGCCAGGAGAUCAGUAUAAAAACCAAGAAACUCAGACAGGCUCUCCUGAGGUUUGCAGAAGUGUCCAUCCACCAGGCCACCAUACCCAGCCCACAUAUGACCCUCCAUUGUCUGACACCACCACAGACAGUGGAGUGGGCACUGAAUGCAGUGCCAACUAUAGGUAUCCCAUGAAAGGCCAAAAGAAUCUAAACUUCUCCAGCAACAGUGCAUUCUCCCGAAUGAUGACGGGUAGCACUCUACAGAGUCCAGUUCAGCUCUUCACAGCUUCAACACUGCCAUCCCCUGAUCACCAGCCUUCACUGACAAAAAGUGCACCCAAACCCCAAGCACCAGAUGGCCAAGAGGUUUGGGGCCAGUUUCUGUUAAAACCUGUAAACAGGCGUCCAUGGGAUGCAAUUGGGGAGCUUGAGUCUUUUAACAAGGAGCUGCAAGAUCAAAGCAUCAAACACCCAAGUAUUCACCAGACUAUAGAAGACCUGGAUGAGGCAUUACAGAACAUUCUAGAAGUGAGCAACACCUGCACAAAAGAUGUUAGACCUGCAAGAAUCCCACAUAACCUAAAGACGGACGUUGUUAACCGGCCACAUUUAGAACGGAGCCCUGAGAAAUAUUUCAAGAAAGACAAUUUGAAUAUCAGGUCAGACUUCGAGAGCAAAGGUACAAGUGAAGCAGAUCGAGAAUACAGGGAAGUGAGAAGUGACUUCUUGAGGCCAAAGGAGAGGUUUACAAAUCCUGAUAUACCACAGAGACAACACAAUCCUUUACCCAAAGACAGUGGAUUUGUAAACUAUGAGGUCAUGGAGAGAAUGCAGGCUGACCCUGGGGUUCAAAGACUGGAUAUUCCAGUGCCAAAGGAAUCUUUACUAAAGGAUGUGGGACUGACAGUUUAUACAGCGAUCCCAGACACAGUGACAUCAGAAUCACCUGCAGGUUUAAGUCCAGAGUCUCCUAUGCUUACCAGCCCCUCUGAUAACUCAGAAACAUAUGAGGCCUUACAGAUCACAUCAUCAGACAGUGGGGGAGAUCGAAGCAGAAACAGUCCUGAGUACAGUAUGGAUCAUCGGAGCGCAAAAGACCAUAGCUACUUCUCAACUAUACUUGACCAUGACAAAGACACAGAGAUGAAUAAAGCGGAUACCAGCUCACAAAGGUCCCCUCGCAACCAUGUUAACAGAAGUCAACGUUUUAGGCAUAGGCUAAGCUACGAUGAUGAUGAUUUGUAUUCAGAUUAUGUCGGCUGGAGUAAUGAGAAGACAUUAGCAGAUGAACAUUUAGAAACUCUUUUGAGUCAAGAGAAGGCUAACAGUAUGCAAACUGAAGAUUUUAGCAACCUUUACCAGGUUCAGUGUGCAAAGGGCAUUCCUGUACAUGAGUCCAUUGAACAAAGGGCAGCCAGGAUCCUGGGCAUUGCAGUGUCAGCUGAAGCCUUGGUAGUAAGUCAUGAUGAUGGCAAGCAAAGUGAGAUAAAUGCAGAUGGAACAAAUAAAGCCAUCUUUGCUAUGCAAACCAUGGAGGAAGACCCAACCGAAGACACAUGGGAUGUGAGUAGAGAGUGUGUGGAAGUGGAACAGAGCUCAGAGCACAGCUAUGAACCAAAAAUGGAGAAGCAAGAUCCAGAUGUCGGAAAAGAUAAUGGCUCUAGAGACGAUAAACCUAGUAUAGAAAACCAUACCAUUUCUGUCAUGGUGGAACUGCCUGAGUUUCCUCCGGCUAAACUGCGUCUGUCUCUACCAGCGACUGAAGAUGAGGAGUUAGCUUUAAGUGUUUGUGGAGGUGAAAAAAAGACAUGGAAUUCUGCAGAAAUGUUUCAUGGCCAACCAGACAGGUGUACAUCGACUGUACAUCCCCCAUCUUUAAUGUUAAGAAAUGAAGAAACGUCUGUGGAGCAGAUUACUGCUGUGGUGGAGGGUGAACCAGUAUCAUAUGUCAGCAAUUUCAUCAAAGAGAUGGAAAAAGAGAGAGAAGAAGAGGAAGUGGGGGAGGAAAGAACUGAAAAACUGAAUCAAGAGGAGAAAGUACUUGAAGAAGAAAAAGGAAUUGUGGAAAGGGAAGUGAGAAUAGAGGAGUGGGAAGCUGGCAAUGAAAAAGAGAAAGAUGAUGUCAUAAAGCGCGCUGAUGAGCCGAAGCAACCACAGAAGGAGGAACUGCAGGAAAAUCAGGCCUCAAAGCCUACGUCUCGCCCAGUUCCUCAGCCUCGUAGGGGCAGAGUGGCCAAGAGAGAGAUUACCCUCCCAGAGUCCUACAGUGUGACCACUGUUUUGGCUAUAGAAGAGGAUGAAGAUAUUCUGUGUGUUUCAGACACCUAUGAUCCUAGCCGAGUUGAGAGGGUGUAAACUUGGAUAUGGCAACCCAAACUGUCACUCCCUAUCACUGUGACCAGGCUGGGAUAUGUACUACAGUCCACCACACACUUUUUAAAAAAACUUUAACUGGUUUAAAGAAUUUAGGAAAUGUUACUUUGUACAAGAACUGAGAACACCCAUUCCUUAUCUGUUAGCAUGUUUUUAACAUCUUUAUUUUACUUAUUUUUCAGCAAAACGAUGAAUGCCAUAAGGCUCUGUUUGAGAGAGAACAAGUGACUGUAUGAAUACAAGCCUUGACAUGGGUGUUGGGAUAUGUGUGUAUAUAUAAAGAGUAUAACCUUGAAGGGAGUCAGAUUGAGAAUUAAAUUGUUUUAAUAAUUUUCUCUGCACCAGCAAAUGUUUUUCAUGUUUUCACAUAAUGAUUUAAUAGUGCCAUUAAAAAAUAGAAACAUGCCAGCUUGACGGCUAUAAAUUAAAUUAAGAACAAAAUUCAA